AUGGAUGGUAUAAACGGAAGGCAAACUUUUCCUCGAAUAAACCGUUUGUUGGGGUACGUUGGAAAUCCCCAAAAUAGUCUGACAAUCCUUCAUAUAGCGGGAACAAAUGGUAAGGAGACGGUAUCUACAUUUUUAACAUCUAUAUUGCAACAUCCGGAACCACAGCGGCAAAGAAUCUUGGUUGGUAGGUAUACUACAUCUUUCUUGCUAAAUGCUAAGGAGGAGGAUAUUAGCAUUAACAAUGAGGCCAUUUCCUUAACAGAGUAUUCUAGAAUCGAGAGGGAACUUAUAGAGGUGGAUAGGUCUUUAAAUUUACAGUGUAACAACCUCGAACUGCUGACAAGUGUGGCUUUGGUAUAUUUUGCUGAGAAAAGUUGCCAAUGGUGUAUAAUAGAAACUGGGUCAACUGGGAGACAGGACCCUGCAAAUAUAAUUGCAGGUCAAAAUAGGAUUUGUUGUGCCAUUACCAACGUAGGCAUAAGCGAUGAAGCAUUCUUAUGCAAGUUUCUGUCUCAAAUUACUGGCAAUCGCCCAAAUAAAGCUAUUUGUCUACUAGACGGUUCUAAUGACGAAUUUGUACGAAAUACAAUAACCAAACGGUGUCAUGACGUCGGAUGUCGAUUAAAAAUCACUGAUCCUUCUCUUAAUAAGUGUAAUGUACGGACAGAUUCAUGGGGCACGCUUGAAAUUCACCACCUGCCAUAUAAUGAAGAAGAGUAUCAGAUAUUUAAUUUAAGAGUUGCGAUAGCAGUUUUAGACUUUUUGAACAAGGAAGAAAAGAUUUCUAUUUCGAAGGAUCAACUAUCCAAAGGUUUAAUAUCCGUAGAUUGGCCAAGAAGUUUACAUCGAUUAGAUUACUGCUAUGAAUCUAGUAGUGGGAAGAAAAUUGCGUUGCUACUGGACAACGCAAAUAAUGCGAAGGCAGCUCGAAAUUUAGCCUGCCAUUUAAGGGCCAAAUACGGCGGUACGCCAUUAACGUUUGUCAUUGCUAUAACAACUGGGAAGAAGGUGCCACCCUUGCUUGACCCGCUGAUACGUCCGCAAGAUCAUGUUAUCGUGACUAGAUUUGGGUCAGUGGCUGGAAUGCCAUGGAUUCAAUCUUUAGAACCAGUAAAUCUUUUCGCGUUCAUCAAACACCGGUAUACGAGAAAUGUUGACAUGCAGCCGGAUCUUCAGAGUGUCUGGACGUUCCUUGAAACAACUGGGUUAAAGACAGUGGUUCCUGUUAUUGUGUGCGGAUCACUGUAUAUCUGUAAAGAGUUAUUGCGCCUACACAACUGUCACUUGCCAGUAUAA